AUGGCGCAACAGUAUGGCACAAAGUCACAUACCUCGCCGAAUCUGGCAUGGAGAAUCACAACACGGAAGGAGCCCAUCCUCAAAGCAGAACCGAUCGAAGCACUUUCCAAUGACAUCGGCAUCCCGAUUCCUGAGAUGAUCUUUGGUGACAAUUAUGUUGCAGUAACACAUCUGCCUACACAAUGGACGCUGGACUUCAAUGCGAGAGAUGCUCUAGAUCGAGUCAGUAAGAAUGAAGAAGGAAUGCUCCAGGUGGCAGUCGCAGAAGAGUGGAAGAAGGAUCGCCGGGGACAACUCGAUGGCAAUGCCGAUGCAGUGCUGGGACUAGGCGUCAAGGGUGUGGUGAAGCCCUUUGACUGGAGCUACAGUACAGACUACGCUGGCACAACACAUGCGAAGAAUGGCACAUGGAGACUGGCUGGCAAGGAGGAGGUCAUCAGAACAGAUCUACUAUCAAGGCAAGACCCGAUCUUAUUCUUCGAUGCUGUGGAUCUGUACGAGGAUGAGCUGGCGGAUAACGGUACUGCGCUGGUCAACAUCAAAGUACGCAUGAUGCCGGAGAGGUUGCUGGUGCUGAGCAGAUUCUUCCUGCGACUGGAUGGAGUGAUUGUCAGGAUACGAGACACGCGGGUGUAUGUGGAGCACAGCGGGAAGAAGAUCGUGCGGCAGUACACCGCGAAAGAGGAGAAGUAUGAGGUACUGAAGAAAGAGCUGGAGACGAGGAGAGAGAAUGUACCGGAAGCGUUUCGAGAUGCUGCAUUACUGGCGCCGAUGUUGAGGACAGUCGAAGACAAGGUCGAGGUUUUCGAGGUGGACUGA